AUGGAUCCCCGGGAAGACGUUAUGACAAUAUGGUUGUGUUCCGAUGACCGAAGUCAAUCAGACGUUUUGGUAUUAAUUCCUAAAGUAACUGAUCCUCAACGCCUCUCUCAGUUUCGCCCGAUUGCUUUGUGUAAUGUCGUAUACAAGAUUAUUUCCAAGGUUCUAGUUAAUCGGCUACAUAUGGUGCUUGCUUCUUGUGUUGAUGAAAAUCAAGGUGCUUUUGUUUUCGGACGAUUGAUUUCGGAUAAUGUGAUUUUAGCUCAGGAUAUCCAUUCCAUUCAGAAUGGACAAUCUAGAUUGCCUAGGGGAGCAGCUCUAAGAUUGAAAUGGAAAAGUUUGGAUAAAUGGGAGCCUUUCGGAUGUGAUUCAUCCUCAGCGGGGUCCGUUGUCCCCUUUCCUUUUGUGCUAUGUGCUCAAGGUCUCUCAUCUCUAAUUCAUGCUGAAACAAAUGUUGGUAAUCUCCGUGGAAUCUGUAUUUGCAGAUCGGGGCCUUCUAUAAGUCAUUUAUUUUAUGCAGAUUGCUUAUUUUUUCUCCGCAUUACUCCUUUCGAGUUCAGUCGUCUUCUUGCAGUUUUAGAUACUUAUGAAGCUGCUUCAGGUCAGAAAGUUAAUUAUGCUAAAUCCACCGGUUAUUUCAGCCCUUCAACAUCGGAAGCGACCUCUGCUGAAUUGAGUUCCAUUCUUGGGGUUCAAGACGUUCAGGAUCCGGGAUCUAAUCUUGAAGGUAUACUCCAGGCGGUGCUUGGUGAUCGGCCUUCUUAUGUUUGGCUUAGCAUUUGGACUACCAUUCAGGAAUUUCGACAUGGAUUUUUCAGGCAAGUGGGUAUUAAAAGUGUGGCCCGGGUGCAUGGUGAAGCACGGGGAGGAAACUGGCCUGUACAGCUCCAGACUUCCUAUGUAGACAGUGUGACAUCUCUAAUCAAGGUGGGGGAUUUUACUUUACCGGGAGAGCCUCGUUGGAAUGAAAGUCUGAUCCGUAGCGUGUUUUCGGAAGUGGACGCAAGUCAAAUCCUUAAUUGUCAAAUUACUCCAUAUCCGUCUGAUAUUUUGAUUUGGGAUGGACAUUCGUCAGGUACCUUUUCGGUGAAAUCUGGUUAUACUUGGCUUACUCGUCGUUAUCGUCUUCACGUGCAUUACUCUCGUAUUUGGUUAGCUCUCUCUCGUCUCAAUACUCUCCCUCGGGUUCGAUUGUUUGCGUGGAGGGCCUGUUACGAAGCGUUACCGGUUGGUAGACGAUUAUUUAUAGCUGGAGUUUCGGAUGGAAUCUGUCAUUGUGUGGGAGAUGGAAGAAAUUGUUUACAUGCUCUUCGAGACUGCUUGGCUGUUCAACCUAUCUUCUUCUUUGCUGGUUUUCCUUCUUUCUUAACCUCGGGCAGCUUCUCCUCGUGUGGCAGCUGGUUGGAGAGCAUGUUAACUUUGCUUCCUGUUAAAUCUUUUACUCAGCUAAUGGUUCUGCUUUCUUAG